AGUAAGUCUUGAUUCGAAUCCUGCCAAUUGCAAUUGGAGAUUGCUAUGUAAAAAUGUGUACCUACAAUUCAAUUACUUGGCUCUAAUCCCAACUCGCUAUCUUUCAAUCUGUGAUUAAAGUCUAAUUACAUAUUCCAUUAAUUGUUCCGUCGGUGUGCUAAGAGCUCAUGAGUCAUGAGAAGUAGCAUUUCUUAUAAAUAGCAUUUCCAAAGUUCACAUUUCAAGGGCCAAUUGACCAUCCAUCCAUCCAUCAUUUUCAAUUCUCAGUCAUGACCUAUAAUUAUGAGUAUUUCCUGGCUUCCGUUGUUCAGCAGCAGGCGGCCUUUUCAUGGCUUCUGGCCACAAUAGCCUUUCUCUUCAUAAUAAAUCAAAGACAGCCACGAAAACGGAAAACUCCGCCCGGUCCAAAGCCAUGGCCAAUCACAGGAAAUCUGAACCUCCUCGGCUCCAUCCCACACCAAUCCUUAGACUCUCUGUCCCAAAAAUACGGAGAGCUGAUGCUCUUAAACUUAGGUUCCACCCCUGUUUUAGUCGCGUCCUCUCCCAAAACAGCCAAACUUGUCUUGAAAACCCACGACGCCGUUUUCGCCUCUCGCCACACGCCCGCCCUAGGUGCGCGCCUUUUUGAAGGCGGCGCACUGUUCUGGUCUCCUUACGGGCCCUGGCUCCGCCAGGGCCGGAGGAUUCUAAGCGCUGAACUCGGCGUGACUCGGAAGAUUGACUCGCUCGAGUACGUCCGGGUCGAGGAAAGAAUAUCUCUUGUUUCCCGCCUUUACGAGGAGGCAGCGGCGAGUAAACCGGUCCUGCUUCGAGACCACCUGUCAAAACUGACUGGUUCCAUUUCAGCAAGACUACUUUCAGAUCACAAGAAAUCUUGCAAAACAGGGGACGGGAGGGAAUUGAGAACUACGCCGAUCGAUAUGAAGAGGCUGAAUGAGCUUGUGGAAGAAUUUUUUCGACUCGGCGGGUUGGUCAGCAAUCUUGGGGAUUGGGUUCCCUGGCUGCGCCCCUUUGACCUGCAAGGCUGUGAGAAAAGAGUGAAAGGUUUUAGCGAGGAGUACGAGCAGUUUCUGGACCCGGUGAUUGAGGAGCAUAGGGCGUUGAUGAAAGCCGCCGGAAAGGAUUUUGUGCCCAAUGGAUUGAUUGAUGUUUUUCUGCAGCGAGCUGAUGAUCCAAAUGUUGAAGAGUCCGAGGUUGCUCUCACCCGUCAUCGCAUCAUGGGCUUAAUACAUGUCAUAUUGUGAAAGGUGAGAUUUAUGGUAUAAUGGUUUGCAAAGAUAAGAAAAUAACUUGGAAUAGUAGGUCAUCAACCGGUCAGAGACCAGUGAAUGAAGAUGAGGUGCAAAGGUUGGAUUAUUCAUGAAUAAUCAAAAGGUGGGACUAUUGUAAGAAGACCACUAAAAGGAUGUUGUUUCUGGCGGCACAGAUACAUCAACGGGAUCAUUGGAAUGGGCUUUUCAAGAAAUGGCCAGGAAACCAAAUGUAAUGGAAAAGGCCAAAGAAGAGCUAGACAGAGUUAUUGGGAGGGAGAGAUGGGUGGAAGAAAAAGACAUUGCACACUUACCAUACAUUGAAUCCAUCAUUAAGGAAACAUUCAGGUUGCAUCCAGUGGGCACACUGCUUCCACGUUAUUCCAUGGAAGAUUGCAACCUCGACGGUUACGAGGUAACAAAAGGGACAAUUUCUUUGGUUAAUGUUUGGUCUAUUGGAAGGAACCCAGAGUAUUGGGAGAGAGCCGAGCAGUUCCUACCAGAGAGGUUUUUGGGGAGUGAUAUUGACGUAAAAGGAAACGAUUUUUCAAUUUUGCCAUUUGGAUCAGGCAGGAGAAUGUGCCCCGGCUACAACUUGGGAUUGAAGGUUGUGCAGGCAACGUUGGCAAAUUUGUUGCAUGGGUUUAAUUGGAAAUUAUCAGGAGGUAUGAAGCCAGAAGAUGUGUCUAUGGAAGAGGUCUAUGGCUUGACCACUCACCCCAAAUUUCAACUGUCUUACCUCAUUGAACCAAGGCUUCUCACCCAUCUCUACUAAGUCUAUACCUCAUUGUAUUAUUGGAUAAACUUUAUAAUAAUUAAGAUGAGGAGAAUGUAACAAUUCAAACUAUCAAUAAUGUUAACUCUUGUAUACGAACGAAAUCAAAUUUUCAAUCUUCUCUUGCCUAACAGGCAUCCGUCUCCCCUAGGUUUAGUGAUCGUUUUUCUCCGCUUUCGUCUUCGACGAAGUGCGGCUUCCUUGUGCGGAUUUCGUUCGCCUUUCGUGAGACUCUCUUCUUCAGCAGACCGCAGCUCCUAUAUGGCAGCCAAAAAAUUGUGUACCCUUAGAAGCACGUGAAGAGUGUCGAGGAUGUCAUUCAUGGUUGAGAUCAGAAGGUCAUGGACGAAGCGUGAGGCUAGAGGCUGGGACAGAUCUGGACCGGAGGCAAGGAGCGAAAGAUGCUACAGUACUGUUGGAUCGUCCCCGUCCUGAAUCACCGCCAUGGAGUGCAGGAGAGUUUAGGGUGUGGAAGCAUUAUUUUAAUUUUACUUUUUGCUUGCUAUAUAUUUUUCAUGAUCAAACUGUUUAUUUUUCUGUUAGUUACUUUUAUUGUUGUAAUACUCUUGCAUCUGGAUUGGGUGAUGGGGGGUCUGGUUUAACCGUCGUUGGCUCAUUUAUGCCCAUUAUAAGAUCAUCGAGUUAUAUUACUUUUUUGGAGGUGAUCGGUUGUUUGUGCUCC